GCACAACAAGAAAAAUCUAGUAACGCGGCGGCUGGCUCUUCUCGCGCUACCGCUCUCUUGAAGGAAGUCUCCGUCCCCGCUUCUGAUUCACUCCCCCACAUCGCCAUAUGUCGCCGGAGGCCGGACCAAUCAUGCGGCCCGCCGACCAGCUACUCCUCCCGUUCCUCCUCCUGGCCGUUGCCUCCGUCGCUGCCGCCGGCGGCUCGUGGGAGAAUGGAUAUGGGAGCAUCCUCCGCCUCCCCUCCUCGUCUCCGCGCCGGUUCCCCCGCUCCGCGGCCGUCGACCUGAUCCACGCGCUCAACCUCCACCCCGCCGACGCGUCCCCUCCCCUCUCCACCGCCGGCGUAGAGGGCGCCCUCGCCCCCGCGGGGACCCUCGUCGAGAGGCCCAUCCGCAUCGCGUCCUUCGCGAACGGAGGCGCCGCCACGUCGGUGGAGGACCUCGGCCACCACGCGGGGUAUUACCGCCUCGCCAACACCCACGACGCCAGGAUGUUCUACUUCUUCUUCGAGUCGAGGGGCCACAAGGACGACCCCGUGGUGAUCUGGCUCACGGGCGGGCCCGGCUGCAGCAGCGAGCUCGCGCUCUUCUACGAGAACGGCCCCUUCAACAUAGCGGACAACUUGUCGCUCGUCUGGAAUGAUUUUGGUUGGGACAAGGCAUCAAAUCUUAUCUAUGUCGACCAGCCCACUGGAACUGGGUUUAGUUACAGCUCGGAUUCGCGUGACACUCGCCACAACGAAGCUACUAUUAGCAAUGAUCUAUAUGAUUUCCUGCAGGCCUUUUUUGCUGAGCACCCAAAGUAUGCUAAAAAUGAUUUCUUCAUAACUGGGGAAUCAUAUGCUGGGCAUUACAUUCCUGCCUUUGCAAGUCGUGUGCACCAGGGAAACAAGAACAAUGAGGGCAUUCACAUUAACUUGAAGGGUUUUGCUAUUGGCAACGGACUAACAGAUCCAGCAAUACAGUACAAGGCAUACCCUGAUUACGCAUUGGAUAUGGGAUUAAUUACAAAAACACAAUUUAACAGGAUCAAUAAAAUAGUUCCAACUUGUGAAUUCGCGGUCAAGCUUUGUGGUACUUCUGGAACUGUAUCUUGCCUUGCUGCGUACUUUGUCUGCAAUACAAUAUUCAGUGCCAUCAGGACAAUCAUAGGCAAUAAAAAUUAUUACGACAUCAGGAAACCAUGCAUCGGAAGCCUAUGCUAUGAUUUCUCUAAUUUGGAGAAAUUUCUCAACCUCAAAUCUGUCAGAGAGAGCCUAGGGGUUGGAGAUAUAGAGUUUGUUUCAUGCAGCCCAACUGUCUAUGAGGCCAUGCUAUUAGAUUGGAUGAGGAACCUUGAAGUUGGAAUCCCUGAACUCCUUGAGAGCGACAUCAAAGUGUUGAUUUAUGCUGGAGAGUAUGACCUCAUAUGUAACUGGCUUGGGAACUCAAGGUGGGUAAACUCUAUGGAAUGGUCUGGAAAGGAAGCUUUUGUGUCCUCAUCCGAGAAGCCCUUCACAGUCGACGGGAAAGAAGCUGGCGUUCUAAAGAGCCACGGUCCUUUGAGUUUCUUGAAGGUUCACGAUGCUGGUCACAUGGUACCUAUGGAUCAACCGAAGGCUGCUCUGGAGAUGCUGAAGAGGUGGACUUCUGGAAACCUUUCGGAGCCAUCUUCAAGCUCCCAGAGGCUUGAUUUUACAAUGUAACAAAACACACAUGCUGCUCAUGACAUUUCGAGCAUGUACCUCUGGAUGUUUGUAGGCUCAGAAAAGGUCCUGGUCUUAGGCUCUGAAAACCUCAUCUGGCGACCAUACGUUAUUUACCUUGUAUGGGCGCUCCGCUUGCUGGUGAGACACGGUGUUACGAGUUACGACUCGAUGAACAUGUAAUAAAGCUUUUCAGAGAAUUGCUAGGCCAGGCAU